AAACCUCAAAACAGAGUAGUGUGUUCAGCAAACCAGCUCCUCAAACCAAAGCCCCUCUCUCUCUCUCUCUCUCUCUCUAGGUUUCAUACUUUUCGAGUAUAAACCCUAAUUCUGAGGCCCUUCCUGAAAAAGCCUGCUGCUGCGUUUAACCCUCGCGUUCAAAGCACUCACUUUCUGCAGACGUACGGAGGUCCAUUAAUGGCGUCGCUGCUCCGUUUGAAGCUUCAAAGUCAUAAGCUUUGACCUAACCACAAACACAAAGCUUUUUCCAAGUUCUCUGUAUUAAAAUCACCUUUGCCCACCACAGAAAUUCGCCAGGAAUCUUCCAUUUUCUUCUUCGUAUCCGAUUCGCCGAAAACAGUUCCUUCCAUUAAUUCCUCCGCGGAAUUUAUGUGUAAAGCUCUCCGCUUGUUCAUUUUUUCCCAUAGGAAAUUUUGGAUUGUGUAUCCAUAAAAACGUUUCAUUUCUAAAAUGUUAGAGCGUGAUUCGGAUGGUGAAGCAGUAAACUCGAGUCACAGUUCAAUGAGCAGUGAAAGCUGCAGCAGCUUCAGCCGCCUUUCUUUCGACGCCGCCACCACCACCACCACAUCCGACCUCGCGGCAGAGACAUUAUGCCUCAAGCCUCACCGCUCCUCCGACUUCGCCUACUCCGCCAUUCGCUCCAAAAAAACUGCCCUCACUUUCCGCGACUUCCACCUCCACCGCCGCAUCGGCGCCGGCGACAUCGGCACCGUCUACCUCUGCACCCUCAGAAGUAGCGACUCUCCAAGUCCGGCCGAUCAGGAUCCCGAGUCUUCGUCUUCCUCGUGCCUUUACGCCAUGAAAGUCGUCGACAAGGAGGCUCUGGCGCUGAAGAAGAAGGAGCAGAGAGCCGAGAUGGAGAGAAAGAUCCUCAAAAUGCUCGACCACCCGUUCUUGCCUACUCUCUAUGCCGAGUUCGAAGCCUCCCAUUUCUCCUGCAUCGUCAUGGAGUACUGCUCCGGCGGCGACCUCCACUCCCUCCGCCACAAACAGCCUCACAAACGCUUCUCCCUCAACUCCGCAAGGUUCUACGCUGCGGAGGUUCUGGUGGCGUUGGAAUACCUCCACAUGCUGGGAAUCAUUUACAGGGACCUAAAACCCGAGAACGUGCUGGUCAGAUCGGACGGUCACAUCAUGCUCUCAGACUUUGACCUCUCAAUGUGCUCGGACGCAAUCCCAGCCGUUGAAUCACCCGACUCGUAUCCCGACUCCGCAGCCUUUUCGACCCCAUCGCGCACCCGCCCGCACCAGACCGUAGCACUCACCCCCUUCUCCUGCCUCUCCAACCGGCUGUUCCGGUCGCGCAAGGUCCAGACCCUCUCCCCCAACCGGCUCUUCGUCGCCGAACCGGUCGCAGCCAGGUCGCAGUCCUUCGUCGGGACCCACGAGUACGUGACCCCAGAAGUCGCCUCCGGUGGGUCCCACGGAAACGCCGUCGACUGGUGGGCCUUUGGCAUUUUCCUCUACGAGUUGAUCUACGGGCACACGCCGUUCGCGGCCCCAUCGAACGAGACCACCCUGCGUAACAUUGUGAAAAAACCUCUAACAUUCCCAACCUCCACGCCUUCCAGCGCGCUUGAGGGCCACGCUCGGGACCUCAUUUCCGCGUUCCUCAACAAGGACCCGGACCGGCGGCUCGGGUCGAAGCGCGGAGCCGCUGACGUCAAGAAGCAUCCGUUCUUCAAGGGCAUCAACUUGGCGUUGGUACGGUCGAUCGCGCCGCCGAUGAUCCCGGGUUUGAUAAGAAGGCAAAACACGACGCCGUAUUACCAGGCCAAGAGCGAGGAUGGACGAAAUAACAGACAAUCGACGGCGUUCGAUUACUUCUAAGAAGCAACGGCGGGUUGUGCGCCACGCGUUGAGACAGUCCUGCCAGAUUUUGUUACUGGCCGGUGACAGUUGUGUAUAUUCGAGCUGUCUUUUGUUUCCUAUUUUUUUUUUAGUUUUCAUAUAUUUAGGUAAAUAUCUGGCAAUAUGAAUAAAAGAGCCGCAUUGCGACGGUGGUAUUGUACACGUAGGUAAGUUUAGGUGUACAAGGCAAGUAGGAGCCUAGAAUAUUUUCUGAAUUUGUCUGAUUCAGAAGUGAAGAACUUGCAUCAACAUCUCACUUUCAAUUCAAACAUGAGUUUGAUUCACA